AUGAGCAAAGUACCAAGAAGUUUUCGUCUUUUAGAGGAAUUGGAGAAGGGUGAGAAAGGUUUCGGUGAUGGAACUGUGAGUUACGGAUUGGUUAGUUCGGAUGAUAUCAUGCUGAAAGAAUGGAACGGAACAAUUAUUGGUCCACCUGGUACUGCCUUUGAAGGAAGAAUCUAUAGUCUUAGAAUUACAUGUGGUGAUCGUUAUCCUGACGUUGCACCAAUUGUUAAAUUUCUCAAUCGAGUGAACAUGAGCUGCGUUGGCCCAAGCGGAGACAUUAUUCUGAGUGAAUUCCCAAUGUUGGGAAAUCAAUGGACCUAUACCUAUGAUAUUGCUGCAGUGUUAGGAGCCUUGAGAAAAGAAAUGAGCUCGCCAAAGAAUAGAAAGAAUCCACAACCAACAGAAGGCUCAACUUACUGA